AUGUCCAACGAAGUAUAUAAUCUGUUCCUUUCCGUGGAGAGCGAUGGGACUCCCAAAGCUCAGAAUACUACCGUUCGCCAGAACAGUUAUUUCUUUACUUCAAACAUGUCGGACGUUAUGACGCCAUCUAAGACUGAGGCGGUCGCCAUGUCACAUACCGAGAAGUCGACGGUCUCGAAUGACGAUGGCCUCCCACCAGACGUCGCUGCGUUGCUACAAGAGUUUACCGGGCCAAAGUAUGACAAACUCAUGCGUAAAAUGGACUUGCACCUCAUUCCAAUCAUUGCGGUUUUGUACCUUCUUGCAUACCUGGACCGGGGCAACAUUGGCAACGCAAGACUCGCUGGUCUUGAAAAAGAUCUGGGCAUGGCAGGAGAUCAAUAUAAUGUGGCCCUGACAAUCUUCUUUGUUUCCUAUAUCGUCUUCGAGGUACCGGCCAAUAUGGCAUUGAAAUAUCUCUCUCCCCGUGUCUGGAGGCUUCUAGCCGCCAGAUUCUUCCUCGGAGUCCCCGAGGCGGGCAUCUUUCCUGCGUGCGCCUACUACAUUACGAGCUGGUAUACCAGACACGAAGCUAUGUACAGGACGGCACUUUUCUAUGCCACGGCGUCCCUCGCGGGUGCAUUCUCCGGUCUGCUUGCCUACGCCAUCACAUUGAUGGAUGGAAUUGGCGGACUUUCCGGCUGGCAAUGGAUCUUUAUCCUCGAAGGUCUCCUCACCGUACUUGGCGGUGUCGCUGCCAUCUUCACCAUCUACAAUGGCCCAGAUUCUGUGUCGUGGUUGACGGAAGAAGAGAAACAGUACCUCAAGGUGAAGCUGGCAUAUGAUGGAAACCGGGCGGGAAUGGGGACGUUGGAAGAUGGACCUAAGCGGAAAUAUACCAAGGACGCCUUCCGCGACUGGCAAGUCUACCUCAGCGUUGUGAUUUACUUGGGUAUCUCCGUGUCCACCUACGGGCUCGUCUUUGGUCUGCCGACGAUCAUCUCGACACUUGGAUACACGGCCCGACGCGCUCAGCUCAUGACCAUCCCGCCUUACGUGACCGCUUGCGUUCUCACGAUUGUAGUUGCUCAUUUCUCGGAUAAGUUUAAGCGCCGCGGCUACUUUAUCGUGGGCUCUUUACUACUUUCUAUUGUCGGCUUCGUUAUAGCAAUUGCCACUUCUAAUAGUGAGAAUCUUGCGAAGUUGACGUAUGCCGGCUGUUUUCUUGCUUGCUGCGGAUUCUUCCCCGCAUUCCCGGGCGUUAUCUCAUGGCUUGCAAAUAACCUCGCUGGGCCUUACAAGCGGGCCAUCGGCAUGUCUCUGCAAAUAUCACUCGGUAAUACAGGUGGACUUAUCGGUUCCAACAUCUACCUCGCCCGGGAGAAGCCACAUUAUCGUCUGGGUUACGGCAUUUCUAUCGGUUUUAUUGGGCUUGGAAUCAUUGCUGCUGGAACUAUGCUUUUCAUUCUUUCCGCUAUUAACAAAAAGCGUGAGCGCUAUGUUGCGGAGAAUGGUGGGCCAGAUGGUGUUGUUGAAAAGCACGGAGAUGUAGCUCUCACGGAGAUGGGUGACAAGAGUCCCUUGUUUAAGUACACAUUGUAA